ACAGGAAGUGCGCUGCCGCUGGAUUCGGUGUGAUGAUCGAUUGUCACGGGUCUCUAUGAGAAAGCGCAGUUGCUGCUGUUUGAUCGCUGUCAUCAUGGCAACAAUCCUCUUCAUCAUGUUCAUGUGCGGCUUCAUCCGCUCUCACGCGAGUGUGGCGCUGAGAUCUCGGAGUGAUUUCAGGGUUUCUGGUCGAGUGCUGUAUAAGCUGGACCUCUCCUGGCCCAAAAACCCCGAGCAUUUCAGCGGACAGGUGUUCGGAGUGGCUGUCAAUCACGUGGCCGGUCUGGUGUAUGUGGCUCAGAGAGGUGAUAACAUCCCUAAAGUGCUGGUGUUCAGCACGGAUGGAGACUUCCUGCAGGCCUGGAACACCAGCACUCUGGAAAUGCCUCAUGGGAUUUUCCUGGCCAACGCGUCUGCGGAUCCAACAGUGUGGAUCACGGAUGUCGGGAGUGGGCCGUAUGGACACACGAUUAAGCAGUAUUCUCCAUCAGGGAAGCUCCUGCAGGUUCUGGGAUCUCCUGGGAAAGCCGGAUCGUCUCUCAGUCCGCUCCAGUUUGACCAGCCGGCUGAAAUAUUCAUCCACAGUUCUGGAGAAAUCUACAUAGUGGACGGAGACGGCGGCAUGAACAACCGCCUGAUCAAACUGUCCAGAGAUCUGCAGGUGUUGUGGAUGCAUGGAGAGAAAGGACAGGGACUCGCUCAGUUCUACAUCCCUCACAGCGUGGCCGUCGACAGCUACCAGAGGGUGUGGGUCGCAGACAGAGGAAACAAGCGCAUCCAGGUGUUUAACUCGGUGACGGGCGACUGGCUCGGCUCGUGGGGCAGCUGUUUUAAAGAGGACGCGCCGUACUCCGUCAGACUCACACCGGACCAGAAGUACAUGGUAGUGGCUCAGUUAAACACCAAUCAGGUGACGCUGCUGGAGGCUCCGCCCGUGGGCAUCAUCGGUCAGUGUCAGGUGAUCAGCACCGUACAGCUGGCCGAGGACGUCAAACCGCACCUGGUGGAUCUGGAUCUGAAGACCGCAGCGCUGUAUGUGGCUGAAAUUGGAGCCAAUCAGGCGCAGAGGUUCAUUCCUGUCACAGCCGCCGGUGUUUAGAUGUUCGGAGUCGCUCCCGAUUACAGACAAAUCAGACGUCCGGCGCUGAAACCUGUUGGAUUUGAGGUUGAAACGGUGAGCAGCGCUCGUGAAUAUUUAGUUUACAGUCGCACUACAAUCGGCAUCUGACGGCUUCGUUCAAAUCAGAAAUAUAAUGUUGAUUUCAGAUGAUUUUCAUAAAGGAAUAAAGGGAUCAGAGAAGAUUGAUGUGUUUUCCACAGCACUUUUAUAUUGUUAUUGUGGGUAUGGUGUGGUGAAUAUGUUUAAUCUUGUGAAGUCAUGUGAAUUUAUAUGAUAAUUUAAGCUUUGUAUAUAAAUGUAUAUUUCUAUGUUUUGUCAUCUUGAUCUGUCACGACCCAAAUCUCACAUUUUACAGUUUUGACUUUACAAAGUGAUGCAUGUCGAGAGUUCCUGUGAAGAAUUGUAUUGGUAUCCUGCGACGUGCCAUGAUUUUAUGAUGAUGUUCAUCAUUUUAAUUUGCAGUGAUUGUUUGAUGAGUGUCUGUGGUGAUGGUUGUGGUUUAGUUUAGCAUCAGCUGUUGAUUGUGAUUGAUCAGAUGUGAUUGUGAUUGUCAUGUGACUGAAAUCUAUUAACUGGAGCACAUCAAAUGAAAAUGUUCUGUUUGAAGUCAAUAAACUGAGAUGGGCUUUAA